AUGUCCCUCCCCUCUGCAUCUACACGAGGCUUCCCUCCUCAGACUGAAACUGAGGUGAGUGGGUACGAUCGUAUGAGAGUGUACUGUAGUGGAUUCGAGGAGCUCAAUAUGGAUCUAUUUAGGAAGUGUAUGGAGCCUGUGGAGAAGUGUUUAAGGGAUGCGAAGAUGGACAAGAGCACCGUCCAUGACAUUGUUCUUGUCGGAGGUUCUACUAGGAUUCCCAAAGUGCAGCAGCUGUUGCAGGACUUGUUCAAUGGAAAGGAGCUUUGCAAGAGCAUUAACCCAGAUGAAGCAGUCGCCUAUGGUGCUGCUGUUGAGGCUGCGAUCUUGACUGGCGAGAGUAAUGAGUAGGUUCAGGAUCUGUUACUAUUGGAUGUCACCCCUUUAUCCCUUGGUUUGGAAACUGCUGGAGGUGUGAUGACUGUGUUGAUUCCAAGAAAUACCACCAUCCCCACCAAGAAGGAGCAGGUGUUCUCCACCUACUCGGACAAUCAACCAGGUGUCUUGAUCCAGGUUUAUGAGGGUGAGAGAACAAGGACCAGGGACAACAA